UUUUUUUUGAAGAUUAUUUGCAGCAUAAAAAUUAUGUACAGCCGAUCACUCGGGAGUCCAUACAAACGGUGUACUAUAAGCUUUUUCUUUACCCGUUUUCACCGAAGGGAGACUAUACCGCGAGCUACAGCUUACGCAAACACUAACGAAAACAACCUUUAGUGAAAAUACCGAAAAAUUAACAGUAGUUAGGAAAAUAGUUGAUACGUCGCUGAAUUCUUAGAACUUUCAUCAAAGACAACUAAGUAAUGUGCUAAGGAGAAUUGAUAUGUUCAGCUUUGGAGCGGUGUAAAGGGCGUCGGUGACUAAUCAACCGUCACUAAACGGCAAGAAAGAUAACAGAACCGAGUUGUCAUAACUGAAUGAAUCUGCCGUGUGAAAAGAUGUUACCAGUUCCCAAUAAAUUUACCGGUAUUUAAUCUAAUAAAUCGGUAUUUUCCUUAGGUUUUGCAAUAGCAAUUUGGUAACUGUGAUCAAAAUAUCCGAACGAUGCAGAAUUAGCUGUAAAUAACACGACAGAUUUUCAAGCGGACUACAACUGUAUGAAAUGCUGACGUGAGAACAGGCAGAAAUCUGCGCACCAGUUUGGUUCUGUCCUUUGUACAAAAUUUUUUCGUCUUUUUUAUAUAUCACGCUGCUUCUAACUGGACACACAUGAAGGAAAGUUUUGCUGUAAUGUCCUUCAUUUCGUCGCUGUAAUUUCGUGGGAAAAAGAUUUGGUAGACAGGUAUCAAUUUGAUAACAUUUUCCUAAUUAGGUCAAGGGCAUUGUAUCGAGUUCACAAAAGCGCGGUUUGAUACCCGGCGAUUUAAAAUCCGUAAACAUUCUAGCAUUACUGCAUAGUGUUUUUGCGUUGGGCAGACAAAGCGCGCGGAGAAAAAAGAAGCACACGCCUAAAAUGUCUUCGAAAACGAAAGCUAAAAAGUCCGGCAGUAAGAAGAAGGCACAGCGAGCCACUUCUAACGUGUUCGCCAUGUUUGACCAACAGCAGAUCCAGGAGUUUAAAGAAGCGUUUAGCAUGAUCGAUCAAGACCGCGAUGGGUUUAUCAAAGACACAGACCUGAAAGACAUGUUCAACUCGCUGGGCAAGGAAGAAUCGAACGAUUACAUCGACGACAUGUUGAAUGAAGCUUCUGGGCCUCUGAACUUCACAAUGUUUCUGACAUUGAUGGGUGAAAAGCUCAAUGGCACAGACCCCGAGGACAUGAUCAGGAACGCUUUCGCCUCGUUUGACUAUGACGGCAAGGGGGUACUAAACGAGGACAAGCUUCGACCUUUGUUGAUGGGAAUGGGAGACAGGUUCACUGAUGACGAGUGUGACGAGAUGUUUCGCUUAGCAAACGCUGAUGACGACGGCAACUUCAACUACUUGGAGUUUGUAAAGACGAUCAAACAUGGCGCUAAGGACGACUAGUUUUGAAUCAGGGCCAUCAUUUUCAGCCACGAUAGUAUCGAACAUGUUUUCGGUUGCACGGAGAUUUAUGGGUUUUUUAAAAUAACUGUUAUAUUAUCAUUUUUAUAAAUGUUACUUCUUAGCUUAUCAUAAGACAGUUGGAAAAGGGACGAGGGAUGUAUGGGCUAUUAAACUUGUACUAAAUGAAAAUAAUACAUAGGGGUUGCUACAUUGUUACGGCCAGCAAGCCAUUUGUGACUCCGUAGGGUGGGGUGGGGUUUAUAAAUUGACAAUGAGCCCGUGAUAUUCAUCACAGAAAUUGCUUGGCAACUAUACAACCAGUGACCUAUCCUGUGGAGUGUAAUUUGUAAUUGACUCAAACGUUCUGAAAGAGUUCAACAACGCCAGCAAAUUAACAAAAGCUUAAAUUAACACUACAGACACAACAAAAGCUCUGCAUGCGCGUUAAACAACUUUAUAACAGGCUUUGCUGUUCCCUACAGCAAGCAGCCGAUCUUAAAUCUCAUUUUCAUGUUUUUGCUUUGAAUUCCACCGACUCCACCGUACAGUUCGGGAGUAGUUCUCAAGUCUACGCAGAAUCUUUAAAAGACAAUUUAUUCGUGAGUGUUGACGUCAGUGUCGGCUUUGGCCGGGUUUGCUACAUAAAAGCUUGGGAAGGGACAAAAUACUUACAGCGGUUACUAUUUCAAUGGCUGUUAUUUCCAUUUUCCUCUGUUCUGGCGUUCACACCCGAACUUAGGCCUUCGUCACUCAGCCGGAAGCCAAAUCCCAAACUGACCCAUCAUAAAUGAACGUAAUCAGGAAAAGUGGUUGAAUAGCGGAAAUCGUGUCGAUUUCCUGACAUCAGAAACAAGCAAAAAUGAAACAAAGGAAUGUUAGAUAAAGGAGGCAAAAAUGGUGCGGUCAAGGCAAAACUAAAUUAUAGUAUUACAAAUUAUAGCAUGAGUCGAGCAUUGUAAAAAUAAAAAUAUCACAUUAAAUAUAUCAGAGUAUACGGUGUACUCUGAAAAAUGAUCAUUGACAUCUCGAGCGGUCAAUUAACACCUCGGCUCAGUUUCCAGCCGUGGGUGUUUCGGUCAGAGGAUCGCUGGCGCAUCGAAACACCCACGGCUAAAACCUAAGACUUAUUAACACCCAAGGAAACAAUUCUACCUACAAAGGAAAUCAAACUUCGCUGGUAAGAGCUAACGUUCACCCUUAAUUUGCCGCAGACUGAGUAAAGAAACCGUUUGCGUACAGAACAUUUCAUUUGGUACAAACAUAGCUGGAAAUAUUGUUUUGAAGGUUUUUGUUUCUGUCAGACAUAAUGGACUUCUCUAAACCUCAACUGCUUUAAAUGCAAAAACAGCUGGAGAAAUAAUUUGGUCAACGGAAAUCAUCGGCGCCCUAUACUCAAAAUCAGCCUCGGCUUUCAAUAAGCCGGUGAUUCGGAUAUAUAUUUUUUCUCAUCGCACUCUAAUCUCGCUUUUGGAGUCAUAAGGCGAGCAAGGCUUUGGUUUAAACCAAGAUAACGCCAAAGCAGGUUGGUACGUAAAUUUCUCCUUGGAUUAAAUUGAGCUGUUAUGCAAAUUAUUUACGGACUUGAGGGUAAUCUGCUAAGUGUCUCUUUAUGAUGCACUUGAAUUUUCACCUGUUUUCCUUUUCCUAACGAACCUCGCUCGUUUGCCAGCGAGAGACGCUGCUGGAAGCACGUUAAAGAAACUCGAAGCUAUAAAUCUUUCAGUGGCAGAGAGCAGCACAUUAUCAAGCUGUUUUCACGCAGUAAAUCGAAGCAGGUGCAUCGGAAAAAGCGUCAGCCACUUACCAAGUUACAAUUUCACCAACUCAUUGCUCUUCAAAUUCUCUCUGCAUUUACCAGCUUGUUCGCUUAUCUUGUUUUGUUCGACGGUCAAGAAAGCUGAUUGAAGAGGUAAGACAACAUUUAUCUAUCGCUCAAAUAACAACAGAUUUAUUUUGUAUCUAGUUAACUUAUUACAAGAACUUGAAGUAAAAACUUUCAGUCGUUGUUAAGUAGACCAGCUGAAGCGAUGAAACAACGAUUAUCACGAACAUUCGAAUUUCAUCUUAACACAAUCUCAGAAAAACAACAGUCAUAUGGAAACAUAAUAAUUGAAGAAUGUAGCAGAAGAUGUAUCUUCCGUCCACCGAAACGUGGUCGAGAAUUCGAAGAAAUUGCCCACUACUUUUUCUUUUGCUUUAU